AUGAUCAAGAUGAUGGUUACCGUGGUGAUCGUGUUUACGAUCUGCUGGCUUCCGUUCAACUUCCUAAUGCUCAUGAAACUCCCCGCCUCGUGGGACCUGCUGCCGUACUUCUGGUUCGCCUUCCACUGGCUAGCGAUGUCGCACAGCUGCUACAACCCGAUCAUCUACUGCUACAUGAACGCACGCUUCCGCAGCGGCUUCAUCCUGGUGCUGCACGGUGUGCCGGGCCUCCAGCAGAUCUGCUGCUGCAUUCGCCACUCGCCCCCGAACAUCGCGCGCAACGUCGGCUCCAGCGUGGCCCUCGCCGGUGAGAUGAAUGGCCUGUACGGUGCCAGCGCACUGCGAAGAAAGGCGGGAGUGCGAGUUAGGUGCCACCCAGGAUAA